CGAUAUAAAUGGUCGUCUGGGCGGGCACUUCCACGCUAGGCCCGGCGAAGCGGAGCUGGGGAGCGUUAAAAUGGCGGCAGCUGCCGGCAAGCUCCUUCUCCAGUGGGAUAUUCCACCUCGAAAUGGCCAUAGCGUCUAUUUCUCACGAGAUAUUUAUGAAAAAUACUCACUGGCUCCAACUCUUUCAGAAUUACUGCUGCUUUCAAAAAGAGGUGCAGGACACAAUGUAAAUGUUCCAGAUUCUGGGCAAGAAAAUAAAACCUCCAGCGAACAGCUUUCAACAAAAACAGUUGACAAGGGAGCUGAGCCUUCAGCAGAGGUGGCACCUUUUCAAGAUCCUCAGGUUCCCUACCCCUAUUUUUCUAGUCUGACCGAAAGAGAGCAGAGGAGGUACUUAUUUCUGUUGUCCACGUAUGCAAAGGCUGACCCCCAUCGGAUCAGUCUCUCUCAGCAGAAAGAUUACUCACAGUACCUGCAAAUGAAAGAAUUUGUGAGCAAAGAGGUUGCAGAGUUCUUGAAGUUCGCCCAGAAUGUUGCUAGAAGCUGCAGUAAGGACUACGAGGACAUCUCGGAGGAGGCUUUGCUUUACACCCAGAAAUUUUUAAGCUCUCGCAUUGCUUCUGUGAGGAAGUAUCCUGAGUGUUAUACCCUCCAUGAAGUUACCAGCAUCAUGGGAGGAAAGUUUAACCCCGAACUGACAUUGAUAUUUGAAAAAUGCCUGGUUGCUUUGGGAAAGGUGAACCUCAUUAAACGAUACUUUCCCAAGCUGCCUGCACCAAUACAACUACCGGAUCCUCACCGCGGAAAUGAAUUGGGCAUUGCAACUCCUGAGCAGAGAGCUUCUGCCCUGCACAACGACGUUAGCACAGAUCAAAAUGCUGAAAAACUUGCAGCGAAAUACUGUCCUCAGGUGGUUCUAACAAGUGAAUCGUUGUUUACGUUGUUGAACAAUCACGGAAUGGACUACAGGGAGGAGUGGGAAAUUCCUGUUUCUGUAAAAAUCGUUUCUGACACAGGUCUUAAACCAGUGAAGGUUGUCUACAUUGACCCCCCUGUGCCGAAGAAAGAAAUGACAGUGAGAGAGAAGAACCAGGUUUUUCAUGAAUUUCUGACAGAGUAUCACAUGACGAAACAAUCCACUGUUUUUGCACAUGGUGUAGUACUGGACAAGCCGUCUGAAAAACCUGAGACCCCACUGGAAGCUUUGCAGGGCAGACAGAUGCAAGUAGCUGAUUCUGCGGAUCUAGACUUCGAUACAGAUUUCACGGAACUAGAAACCUUUGGCUCGGUAACGAAGACUUGGAAAGCUUCUCAACUAGAAAAGGCUCCUGGAAAACUCUCCGGUACAUCUAGCAUCUUACUAGAGCACCUGAAAGGCGAAAAAGAGAUAGUAAGAGAUAUGAAGAGUGGAAGGAGAGAAGGGACAGAUAAGGCCAGCAAAGAGAGGGAGGAAUUUGUCAGCGAGCAACAUUUUAUUAAGAGUCCCCCACCGAGUGGUGAUGAUUGCGACGAGAAUUUAUCCGUUAAAAGUUUUAAGGUGAUGGAAGUUGAAACGGAGGACGAAAACGUGGCCGAAGAGAAAAAGAUAGAUAGUAAAACAUUUCUCGGUUCUUCAGAGAAAACAGAAGAUUUCAAGGAAAGAACGGAAGAGGCCCGGGGAGACAGAUCAGAUGCUCUCUCCUGCCCUAGUGACACCGACGAGGAAUCGUUGGUAAUUGACACGGAAUGUAAAACGGGCCAUCAGCUGGAAUCCAGCAAGGUUGCUUCCGAUCCAGGUCUUGAAGCAGAGACUCCAAGAUCUUCCUGCUCUGAGGAAGGCCUGGGAGAGCCUUUGGAACACCAAAAAUUGGACGGUCCCCAGAAGGCUCCAGGGGGAAAUGAACCAGGCCGAGAAACGGAUGCUCCCCGCAAGCCUUCGCGCCGAUUGUCUAAAGAAUGUGACCCACUAGGACAGAUCUUGAAAAUGCAGACGGAACUCCUCAAACCACCUUCUUCUGGCCAUCAAGGGAAGCCAGAAGGGAUCCCCGAGAGAAAGACUUUGAAUCCUACACCAAGCCAUCGAUGCUCGUUACCCAAAGCCUUGGGAUUAUCCUCUUUAGAACCUACAGAAAAUGCCACCACGGCAGAGGCCAGGCUGAGCUGGGUAACAUACUUCCAAGGAUCCCAAAAAGGGGUGCUUUGGGAUGGCUCCGAAGAUCGUUCGGAAUAUGAACCUCCUCUGCAGGGCAAUCUCGUUUACAAGUUGUUCAGCCUGGAGGACCUGCUGCUGCUCGUGCGCUGCUCGGUACAGAAAGUUGAGCUUCGUCCACGCAAUAAAAAGGCUAAGGUCCGGAGGCACUUUCCAGUCUAUGUUUUACCAAAGCUAGAAUAUCAAGCCUUCUAUGGAGCAGAAGCAUUAACGGAAGGUGAAAUAUGCCGCCUUUGGACAGAGAGCUUGUUACAUUCCAACAGUUCCUUUGAAGUUGGCCAUAUCGACGCCCUCACUUCAAAACUCUUCCUGCUCGAGCAGCUGUCCGCAGAAGAUUUGAAAAAAAGGUUUGGCACGUUUAAGCCGGCAAAUUCUUUGAAUAUUCUCCAACAUAUCUUAAAGAAAGUGACGAGUUUGCAGGAGGGCUCCUACCUCUUGGCUCACACGGCAGGCGACUCCUCUCUCACCAUCUAUAAGAGCUCUGAUGGAACGAGCACCAGGGCCGCCUAUAACCUGCACUCCGCUCAUUCGGACUUGCCUCGUGCCCCUCCUGCCAUCGGUGUCCCAUGGGUCCCGCUGGAUCCCAACCUCCCUUUACCCUAUCACUUUGCUCAGGGAUGGGUCCCAUGCACUUUUCCACCAAAGCCGGCAGAUCCCCAGAAGAAACAGAAGAUGAGUCGGGCCAAAGCAGGCCCUGGUGGCACACUCGACCGCAGAGAGCCGGUUGCCAGGGAAACGGGCAACCACCACCGCCAGCCGGCUAAUCCUUUGCGAAAGCGUCGUGGAGCUGCACAGAGCAAGGCUGUGAUGAGACCAGUCUCCAGGCCGGCCGGCCGGGGGCCAAACUGGAAAUUCUGGAAAAAACUCAAAGAUGAGCAAUGAUGAAGUGACUUAGUCAUGUGGAGGGCAGAGAGAUUCUCAGAGGAGGGGAAUUUCACUCCUCUCCCACACCCUUCCGCCAAACAUCAGAUGAGCAAAGGAAGAACGAGACACACAGGCCUCAAGGAGGGGGGGAGACAGAGCAGCGUGGCUGUGUCGUUGUGAAACCUCCUAGCUUUUGCCGUUGUUAAGAGGAAAAAUGGACAAAGUGUUCUAUGUGGGUCCAAAGAAGCGAUCCCAGGGCCUCGGGGUGAAUGGCGCUAGGCAAACUUUGCAAAAGUCCCGAGGCGUUGGCUUGCCCCUCAGUGCUGAGCUUAUGAACUCCUUAUUUAUAAAUAUAUGCUAAUUCGCUGGGCGAACAUCGAAUCAGCCCAUUGUGUGCCUUCAGAGCCAGCUUCAGUUAAGAAGUGCUAAUCUGAGCCCAAAUGAAUCCAUAAGUGACAUUUUCAACUUUUUUGGGGUGGGUUGGGGGGAUGCGGGUUUGUCCCUGAACUUUAAAAGUGGCAAAUUGGAAGUUUGUUUAACUCUUGUCCCUGGUUUUGUUUUCUUAAAUCAUGCUUCCCUGAGCUGCGUUUUGGAACCAGCAUCUGUACGGUUCCUGGCUUUAGAUACCAGUCAGUCAGAGCCUUUAUUGGCAGACACACACACAAAAAAUCACAUAUGCAAGUUAACAAACAAACUUCUCAAUUAACCGAAUCUGCAAAUUUGUUGACGUCCCCCCUGGUGGAUUGAAACGUACGAGAAAACAGCUUGGCAGAGAGAGACGUACACAUAUCUUAUACGCACAGUUUUUUUAAAUUUUAAAUAGGAAGCAAAUGACAGCAACACCAUUGUUUUGGGUGUGUUUUUUAAAGUUAAGACUUUCUAUAUAUUUAAAGCGGAUAGGCUACACAGGCAACGCCACUUUAAUAUUUUGAAGCAAGAAAUUUAAAUUGACCCAGUUACAAAUUCCAAAAGAUGUUCCAGUAUUGGUUGGUUGGUUUUUUAAGAUAUUAGCAUUGUUGUCUGUACAUCUGUUGUGAAUAAGGCUUGCUCGAUAUGAUGAAAUAAAGCAAAAAAAAGUGGUCUGU